AGAGUCACCAAAAAAAAAACUUCUCUCUCUCGAAAAAUCUCACUUCUUAUCUUCUCCGAUGUAUAUCUCCCUCUCACUUUCUCCAGAUCUUACUUCUCUUCUUAAAUGAUUCUCAUUUCUCCUCUUCUUUCAAAAAUCGUUUUGGGGUAUUGUGUUCUCUCUGUGUUUCAAUAAAUCUAGGGUUUCUAAUUCCCUUUCUUUCCUAGGGUCUAAAACACGAGAGACAAAAGAAAAGAGAGACGAGACGAAAUGGAGAUAGAGAGGAGAGAGAGGGCUCCGGACGUGUCUUGCUUCGUCUCCGAUAACCAGAGCUUGGGUUGGGUGGGGUCUUGCUUUGUCUCCGCCGUUUUUGCCUCAGCUUCAUAGAUCCGCCGUGUUCAAGUUCCGCCGCUGCUUGUACCUUUUUCAGCACUUGUCUCGAGAGAAGAGUUUGAGUCAAGCGAUAAGAGAAGGCAGAAGAUGGAGACAAGGGAAGAGACACCCUGCCACUCGAGUUGGCAAUCUAAGAGGAGAUGGAGACGGGGAGAAGAAGAAGAGCCGGAGAAAACAGAGGUGGGGUUUCAGAUUCAAAACGAGAGAAAACACAAGAGCAAGGAAGAAGAAGAUGAGAAUGACAGAGUGGCUGUAGGCGAGGAACUCAGAUCUAGAGGCGUGUGUCUGCGAGAAGUUAUGAAUAUACACAAGAUCUUGAUUCUUAUAAGGAAUCUUUGUUGAUUUCUCAAGACCUGUUCGUUCAAUUGCUUUAAAGAAUCAGCUUUAUGCUGCUGUUGGUUCUCUGUUACUAACUACCAUCUUCUUCUUCUCUAGUAAGUAGUGGUCAUCUCAUUCUUCUUUGCAUAUAUUAAUCUUCAAUAAUCUUCUUGCCUUCUUGUUUGCGGUUUAGUAGUGUUUGAUUUUUUUUUGCAGUUAAAGAAGUGAAACAUAACGUAGAAGAAGAAGAAGACAAACAUGGAGAUGAUGUUGAACUGAUUCUACUCUACAUUGUACAUUCUGACAUCUCAUCUCUUCUUCACCAGGAAGUAAGAAUGCAUGCGCUGCUGGUGGAAUGGCGAGUGAAGAAGUUGGCGAGGAAGUACCUUUUAUUCUAUGGUAUGUCUCUGUCUUUCAAUGAUUAAAUCAAGAGUUUAUGUUAAUUGAACAUGUUAAGGACUACUUUCAGAGCAGCAGCAAAGUCAGAAACUUCAAAGUGAUGGCUCUCCAAUCUGAUAACAUCACAAUCAAUAGAGUUGAGAGUCUUCUCAAAAGACACCAAACCUUUUACUGACCGGAUCACUGCUGAGUACAUCUGGACGAGCACCUGGAGAAGAUACUGAAGUGAUUCUCUAGUAAGACUUUUCUCAAGUGUUGGUACUAAAUGAAGCUGAGAAGCUCUCACGAGAAGCACACUUGCCGUCUCAUCUUAUGCUGUAACAGUUCUGACAGUCCCUCAGCAAGAUGAUCGGGCAGAUGCAUACACCAACGAAGUUUAUGUAUUGUGGCAUGAUCUCAGCAGUGGUAGGCGGUUUGAUACGUACAGCGCUUAUACAACGGUAGACGAGAAAGCUCUAACCGCAUAAAACCCUAAGCUGUCUUUUGUUCCAAACUGAGAGAAGUACAGCGAACAUGCCUCAUGGGAAGUUAGAGAAGAUGGCAUCGAUGGAUGUUCAUCUCCGUCAGUUGGUUCCUGGCAAAGUUAGUGAAGACGACAAACUUGUCGAGUACGAUGCUCUGCUUCUAGAUCGGUUCCUCGAUAUCCUCCAGGAGUUGCACGGCGAGGAUCUUCGUGAAACUGUUCAAGAGCUGUACGAGCACUCUGCAGAGUACGAAGGGAAGCAUGAGCCAAAGAAGCUAGAGGAGCUAGGCAAUGUUCUCACGAGCUUAGAUCCAGGAGACUCCAUUGUUAUCGCUAAAGCCUUCUCCCACAUGCUCAACUUGGCUAAUCUGGCUGAGGAAGUGCAGAUUGCCUACCGUCGUAGGAUCAAGAAGCUGAAGAAAGGUGACUUCGUUGAUGAGAGCUCUGCUACUACCGAGUCUGAUCUCGAGGAGACUUUCAAGAAGCUUGUUGGUGAUCUCAACAAGUCUCCUGAAGAGAUCUUUGAUGCUCUCAAGAAUCAGACUGUUGAUUUGGUUUUGACUGCGCAUCCUACUCAGUCCGUGAGAAGAUCUUUGCUUCAGAAACAUGGGAGGAUAAGAGACUGUCUGGCUCAGCUUUAUGCUAAGGAUAUCACUCCUGAUGACAAGCAAGAGCUUGAUGAGGCUCUACAGAGAGAGAUUCAAGCUGCAUUCAGAACAGAUGAAAUCAAAAGAACACCACCAACGCCUCAGGAUGAGAUGAGAGCUGGGAUGAGUUACUUCCAUGAAACUAUAUGGAAAGGUGUUCCUAAGUUUCUUCGCCGUGUAGACACUGCUCUCAAAAACAUCGGUAUCGAAGAGCGUGUCCCAUACAACGCUCCACUGAUUCAGUUCUCUUCUUGGAUGGGUGGUGACCGUGAUGGUAACCCAAGGGUUACACCUGAAGUCACUAGAGAUGUGUGUUUGCUGGCUAGAAUGAUGGCUGCUACUAUGUACUUUAACCAAAUCGAAGAUCUUAUGUUUGAGUUGUCUAUGUGGCGUUGCAAUGAUGAGCUGCGCGUGCGUGCUGAUGAACUUCAUGUAAACAGGAGGAAAGACGCUGCAAAACAUUACAUAGAGUUCUGGAAGUCAAUUCCACCAACCGAACCAUACCGUGUGGUUCUUGGUGACGUAAGGGACAAGCUUUACCACACACGUGAACGAGCUCGUCAACUGCUCAGCAAUGGAACCUCUGAUGUCCCCGAGGAAGCUACCUUCAACAACUUGGAAGAGUUCUUGGAACCGCUUGAGCUUUGUUACCGAUCACUAUGCUCAUGUGGUGACCGUCCAAUAGCUGACGGAAGCCUUCUUGAUUUCUUGAGACAAGUCUCAACCUUUGGACUCUCUCUUGUGCGCCUUGACAUAAGGCAAGAAUCAGACCGCCACACCGAUGUACUGGACGCUAUCACAACGCAUCUAGAGAUCGGAUCGUACAGAGAUUGGUCCGAAGAGCGCCGCCAGGAAUGGCUUUUGUCUGAGCUAAGUGGCAAACGUCCUCUCUUCGGUUCUGACCUUCCUAAAACCGAAGAGAUCGCUGACGUUCUCGACACUUUCCAUGUCAUAGCCGAGCUUCCUUCAGACAGCUUCGGCGCCUACAUCAUCUCCAUGGCGACGGCUCCUUCUGAUGUGUUAGCCGUUGAGCUUUUGCAGCGCGAGUGCCACGUGAAACGGCCUUUGAGAGUUGUCCCCCUCUUUGAGAAGCUAGCUGAUCUGGAAGCGGCUCCUGCGGCGGUUGCGAGGCUCUUCUCCGUUGAUUGGUACAAGAACCGGAUCAACGGUAAGCAAGAGGUCAUGAUCGGUUAUUCAGACUCAGGUAAAGACGCUGGUCGUCUCUCUGCUGCUUGGCAGCUGUACAAAGCUCAAGAGGAGCUUGUGAAGGUUGCUAAAGAGUACGGUGUGAAGCUGACGAUGUUUCACGGUCGUGGUGGGACUGUCGGAAGAGGAGGCGGACCGACUCAUCUUGCUAUAUUGUCUCAGCCGCCGGAUACUAUCAACGGCUCGCUCCGUGUCACGGUUCAAGGUGAAGUCAUUGAGCAGUCUUUUGGAGAGGAGCAUCUGUGCUUUAGAACGCUUCAGCGUUUUACUGCUGCAACGCUUGAGCAUGGGAUGCGUCCUCCGGUUUCGCCUAAACCGGAAUGGCGUGCGUUGCUAGAUGAAAUGGCGGUUGUUGCGACCGAAGAGUACCGGUCUGUUGUGUUCCAAGAGCCUCGCUUUGUCGAGUACUUCCGCCUUGCUACACCGGAGCUAGAGUAUGGUCGUAUGAACAUAGGAAGCAGGCCUUCGAAGAGGAAGCCAAGCGGCGGCAUCGAGUCUCUCCGCGCCAUUCCAUGGAUCUUUGCUUGGACUCAAACGAGAUUCCAUCUCCCUGUGUGGCUUGGAUUCGGAGCAGCGAUCAGGCACGUGGUUGAGAAAGACGUCAAGAACCUACACAUGCUUCAGGACAUGUACCAACACUGGCCUUUCUUUAGAGUCACCAUUGAUCUAAUCGAAAUGGUGUUCGCUAAAGGAGAUCCAGGUAUCGCUGCCUUGUACGAUAAGCUUCUUGUUUCAGAGGAGCUUUGGCCUUUUGGUGACAAACUCAGAGCUAACUUCGAAGAGACCAAGAAACUCGUCCUCCAGACUGCUGGGCACAAGGAUCUGCUUGAAGGCGAUCCUUACUUGAAGCAGAGACUGAGACUUCGUAACUCUUACAUCACCACACUCAAUGUCUGUCAAGCUUACACACUGAAGAGGAUCCGUGACCCGAGCUACAAUGUGACUCUACGGCCUCACAUCUCUAAGGAGAUCGCUGAAUCGAGCAAAGAACUCAUCGAGCUUAACCCGACGAGCGAGUACGCGCCUGGACUUGAAGAUACACUCAUCUUGACCAUGAAGGGUGUCGCUGCUGGUCUACAGAACACUGGUUGAGUAAAAAAAAACAGAGAUGAGUCUCUCUGUUUCUCCACACUCUGCUUUUUUUAUCUACGGAUUCAAAAAUAAUAAAUUAUGCGGUUGGGUUUAUUGGUUUGUUUAUGUGAAUCCACCGUCAAAGUGUUGAUCUUUGAGUACGAAUUACUCUUUCGAGAUUAUGAACACAUGCUCUGUUUUUUUUUUUCAUCGAAUGUAACAAAACAGAGCAAGGGAAUCUCAUUCUUGUUUGUUUGUCUUUUA